GGGGCAUUCCAGUCAUUUUAGUCGUAUUAAGUUUCUCCUAAAGCCGGAAAACGCAAAGCUCAGCCCACAGCCCCGCCUCCGCCUCCGCCUCCGCCCGCCCUUCUCUCAAUUUCUCUGCCCAAAUACCUUUCUCACACACAAAUUCGCACACACAGAUUGAGAAAUUUAUGUGUGAGCAAUUUGUACAUGCAGAAAGGAAUUUCCGAAGAUGAUCUCGAUAACCUCGGCGGAGUUGAACUACCUUAUUUUCCGUUAUCUCAACGAAUCUGGAUUCGCGCAUUCAGCAUUUGCUUUAGGAUAUGAGGCAGGGAUCAACAAAAGUACCAUAGAUGCAAAUCUUGUCCCACCCGGUGCUCUCGUUACAUUUAUUCAGAAAGGCAUUCAGUAUCUUGAAUUAGAAGCAAACCUGAGUAAUGAUGACUUGGAUACCGACGAAGAUUUCCAGUUCCUUCAUCCUCUUGAUCUUAUAACAAAAGACGUCGUUGAACUCAGAAAAAUCAUAAAAGAUAAAAAAGAAAAUAUUCAGAAGGACAAAGGUAAGGGAAAGGAGAAAGAAAUUAUCGUAAACGGCAGAGAACACGAUCGUUCAGUUGCAAUGGAUAAAGACAAGGAACUUGCAAGAGAAAAGGAGAACGAAAGACAACAGAGGGAGAAAGAAAAAGAGAGAGAUAGAGAGAGAAUAGAGAAAGAGAAGGAGCGAGAACGAGAUAGAGAGAGGAUAGAGAAAGAGAAGGAACGAGAGAGAAUAGAGAAAGAGAAGGAACGGGAUAGAGAAAGAGCAGAGAAAGAGAAGGAGAAAGAGAAAGAAAAAGGCAAAGAAAAGGAAAAGCCAUUUGAGGACACCAGUGAUGCUAAUAAUAUUGGAGACGAGAUUAAUGGCAGAUUUGAGGAGAAUGGAACUAACACGGGGCCAGAACCAAUGGAUAUAUGCCCUAGUUUAGCUUCCUUGCCUUGUGAAAUCCCAGAUAGUGAUGUGACUGUUUUGGAAGGCCACACUUCUGAGGUUUUUGCAUGUGCAUGGAAUCCAACUGGUUCACUUCUUGCUUCCGGGUCUGGAGAUUCAACUGCUAGAAUUUGGACUGUGGAGGGACCAUCUAGCUCCAACAUUGAGAAUGAGCCUUCCAACGUCGUACUUAGACAUUUCAAGGGUAGAACAAAUGAGAAAAGCAAGGAUGUGACAACGCUUGAUUGGAAUGUUGAUGGAACGCUACUUGCUACUGGUUCUUAUGAUGGCCAAGCAAGGAUAUGGAGUAGAACAGGGGAGUUGAUUAGUACAUUAAACAAACAUAAAGGGCCAAUUUUCUCUUUGAAGUGGAACAAGAAAGGGGAUUUUCUUCUCAGUGGAAGUGUUGAUAAAACCGCAAUUGUAUGGGACGUUAAGACAGGCGAAUGGAGACAACAAUUCGAAUUUCACACAGCUCCUGCCCUCGAUGUUGAUUGGAGAAACAAUACUUCAUUUGCUACAUGCUCCACUGAUAGCAUGAUAUAUGUAUGUAAAGUCGGAGAGAAUCGACCGAUCAAAAGUUUCCAAGGGCAUCAGGGUGAAGUUAAUGCUAUCAAGUGGGACCCCACGGGCUCCCUUCUUGCAUCAUGCUCUGACGAUUCUACUGCAAAGAUAUGGACUAUGAAACAAGAUACCUGCUUGCUUGAUUUGAGGGAACACUCUAAAGAGAUAUACACUGUGAGAUGGAGUCCAACGGGCCCUGGAACCAACAAUCCUAAUCAGCAACUUGUUCUGGCUAGCGCCUCCUUCGACUCAACCAUAAAGCUGUGGGAUGUAGAAGCAGGUCGUCUUCUGCAGAGCUUAGAUGGUCACAGGGAUCCCGUAUAUUCGGUUGCAUUUAGCCCAAAUGGGGAGUAUUUGGCAAGUGGAUCGCUAGAUAAAUGCAUGCACGUAUGGUCUGUAAAAGAAGCGAAAAUCGUGAAAACAUUCAGCGGGAAUGGUGGUAUAUUUGAAGUUUGCUGGAACAAGGAAGGUGACAAGAUUGCUGCUUGUUUUGCAAACAAUGUGGUGUGCGUUUUGGAUUUCCGAAUGUAGAGAGAGAUUAGAAAGAUUCUUUUGUGCAUUGAUUGGAUCUUCUUCUAAAUGUCUUUGCACAAAUUAGGUAAAUGGCAAAUAGUAGAUUUCGAGUGAUGCUGACUUAGUGUAGCAGAUGCCUUUGGAUUUAAGCUUUAAUCAAACUAUGGAUAUGCUUUAUUAUACCUUGGAUUAGUAUAUUGUGUUCUCUGUAACUCUGUAAAUUUGUCAUUUCAUGCAUUCUAAGUAGUCUUUUGUAUCAUGAUUCUAGGAUAAUUUUAUGUCGGGAUAUCAUAUAAUUCAUUGGCAUUAUCUUGUCUUAAU